AUUUCAAAAGAAAUUGCUUAAUGACAACCAAGAUGCAGAACCAACCAAAAUGUUACAUAUUCAUUUGUUGAAUUCAAAUGAAGUAGACUUGAAAGAAACUAUCACCAGUCUGCAGCAUGAAAAGGGAAGUGUUGAUGAGAAUGCCACUGGUCAGCAACAACCAAGUUCAGACAAAAGAGUGCAUAUGGUAAUGGCAGAAGAGAAGGUUCAUGAGGAACAAGCAGGAUCUAAGAAAUAUAGAAAGGAUGUGCCUAAUUAUUUUGUUGCAAUCCCAGUAACAAGUGAGCAGAUUUUAGAUAAAAUUGAAGAUGUCCAAGAGCUUAUAUUCACUAAAGAGCCUAAGCUGUUGAAAGCAUUGAUUCCAGUCCAAACUAUGCAUCUAACCAUUAUUGCAGCUCAUUUGAGAACAGAUGAAGAUGUGAAAAGGGCUGUUUCUGCUCUAGAGCACAGCAAGGCCAAAGUGCAAACUCUGUUGCAGGGGAAACUCUUUAGCAUGACAUUUCAGGGGAUUGGCCAGUUUAACAACCAAGUGGUCUAUGUUAAAAUGUCAGAGGAUGAACAGCAAAUGCUAAGCAAAAUUGCAGAAGCCGUGGAGAGCUCUUUUAUGGAAAUGAAUGUAGACAUCACAGCCAGCAACGACUUCAGACCACACCUGACAUUUCUGAAACUGUCUAAAGCACCUGCAUUGAGGAGGAAGGGCUUCAGAAAAAUUCAUGAAGACCUUUAUACAGAGUAUGAAGAAAGCCCUUUUGGCACAGAGAUCUUAAACAGAAUUGAUCUCUGUGCCAUGCAUAAAAAGAAGCAGGAUUCUGGUUACUACCACUGUGAACAUUCAAUUUGUGUAGGACCUUCAAGUUCAGAAGAUAAUGAGGAUAAGGAAGAGCCAGGUGAUGAUCCCAGAGAGGAAGUUCAUUGUGUGUCUCUUUCAGACCACACUAAAGCAAAUUGUGGACGCAAAGAUUCUGCAUCUCAAAAUCAUUAAGAGAUAGAUGGAAAUGUUGAGGAGGUUUCUUCAGCCACAAGGGUAAGCAAAUAAUAAUAUUAAUAAUAAAAUUGACAUGCGCAUGAGAGAUACAAAAACUAGAGCCAAAGAUGAAACUUUCACCGGAGACGGAAUGGAACUGUUGCCAGCAAAUCCAGAAGCAUGAAAGACAAAGGGGAAAACAGCAAUGACAGAUGGUCACUCGGGAGAAGUUGGAGCAAGUAAAAGCUCUUCAGAAGCUAGCUAUUAAUGCACAAGGGUACAAAAUGUUCCUCAACUAGAAGCAGAUGCAAACUGCCACCAAUGCUGUCAAUCAGUGCAAAAACAUUGUGAAGUACGUAUUUGACAAUAUUGCAACAGAAGAAGAAGAAAAACCCAGAUACUGGUGUGCCCACCAUUAAUACAGAUUUUGGUUUGUAAGCAUGUAGAAAAAUGGUUGUCAUAUUCAAAACAUAUGAGUGAUAGGCACAUGUUUAAAAGCCCAAUCACUGGUACCAUGUAUUAAAGCAUCUUGUUAAAGCAUCAUGGUUGACUGAGUUUAUUUUGAUAUAUUAGUGGCUUAAUUUUAAGGAGAUGUAUACUUUGUAAAGGAAAAGCUUUGUUGUUAGGAUCAUCUGAUCUUUAAAUUAAGGAAAGAAAUGCUUGAUUUAGAAAUGUCAGUAUUGCAUGGAAAUGGUGUGUUAACCGCAGAGGAUAAAAUAGUAAUUGAAAAUACUGGAUUCUUAAAAUAAUUUGUUCA